GAUCUGCUAUAGGCAGUACCCAUGAAUCAAAGAAAAAACAGAUUGCGACACGCGCAUGUGUCGAAAUUCUGUGACGUCACUAAGAGCGUUCAGUCUCCAUUUUGAAUUUAAUUGCCGACACGAAUGUCAGUUAAACAGGUGUUAAUUGAGUAAAAGUUGAAUUGUUUUUGCCGUUUUUCGUAACGUUUUCAAAAAUUAGCAGUAAAUAAAAAUGCGGUGCGCAGUAUUUGGGUGUAAUAGUGACAAUGAAAAGAAAAAUCGAAGUGAAGAAGAAAAGAAAAUACGGUUUUAUACGUUUCCGGAAGACAAAAAGCAAAGUGAUUUGUGGAAAAUUAAGUGCUGCCGAAAAGACAAUUUAAAUGCGGCUACGUCAAGAGUCUGUAGCAGGCACUUUACACCAGAAGAUUAUAAAAGGAAUCUACAACACGAGCUUUUAGGUUAUUCGAACAAAAAAACCUUGCUUUUGAAAAACGACGCUUUUCCAUCGUUAUUUCUUCCAAAACAGAAGACUACUGAUUCAGAGGAGCAGGAAGAAAGGACGAAACGGCUGCAGAAAAGAAUUAAUAAGUCAGUCGUUAACGAAAUAUUAGAAGGGAUUAGAGAGCCCCUCGAAGAAGACGUUGUAGAUGAGCGUACUACGUGCCAAUAUUCAACGUGCGCUCUAAAGGAUGAAUUGGAACAAACCCAAGCAUUAUUCAAAUACAUAGCAACCCUACUGGAUUUGACUAAAGACGUGGAAUGCGGUAUUAACAUUAAGAAAUUGUUCUUCAAAUCUAGGAUGUAUUUUAGAAUAAGAUCUCUCAAUAAAAAUAUGAUAGAAAGUAAGCGCUUACCUUAUAAGAGAAAAUUAGAUUCAAGUCAGGAAGAUAAGAAAAGAAAAAGAAAGAUGAGAAAAAUCAUAGAAUAAUUUUCUAGUAAUUUAAUCUUAUUUCAUUAGAUGAAUUUAAUUUUUAAUCUGUUUCAUGAAAAGAUUUUUGUUAGCAUAACAUUUUAAUUUGGGCCGAUUUGCUUUAAACGUCCUCGUUUUAGCAUUGAUUCGGUAAAUUUUAUCCAGCAUUCAACCAGCUGAGAUA